AAGAUUCUAAAUAUUUAUUUGGUGAAAUUGCAAAAAAAUUAUUUACGGCAGAAGAUGUUAUUUUAACUGUAAAAGGGGAGUUAAAUGUAAUAGCAAAAACUCCAGUUGGCGACAUUGAAUUGAAAAAUAUUUCAUUUAAUUUUGAUAAAAAUUUCAAGUGUUGUCAUAUUCAAUCAGGAAUAAUAGUAAACUCUAUGGAAAUUAUCGAAGCAACAAGAGAUACUAUCGGAAUUAGAGGAGUAGCUACUAUGACUAAUCCAUCAAAUGUUGAAAUUGAUCUUAAUAGUAAUGUCGAAUUUGAUCUUAUAUCUGAUCAAAAUAUUGAAAUUGCAAAAAUGACAAUAGAAAACUUUAAACUAAAACGUGGAAAUGAAGAUAUAAAUGUCAAAAUAAAAUAUUUACCAGACAAUGAUCGUGGAUACAAACUUAUAGAGAAUUAUUUGAAUAGAAGAUCUAGUCUAUUACUCGUUAAAUCAACUAAUGAAACAACAUCAACCUAUCUAUUACAGAAAUUUUUUGAAUCUUUAGAGUUUAAAACUCUGCUUCCAGGAAUAAAAGCUCAAUUGAUCGAUGAAAUAGAGGUUUCUCUCCGUACUAAAGAUUCAUUUAUGCUUCAUAACCCACUUAAAACUAAAUUAUAUUUAUUUGGUUUUACUUCUAAAGUGAUCAAUAUGUUUAAUAAACAGAUCGCAACUGGAAUAACAGAGCCUAGUGUUGAUGGAAUUGUCAUUGAAUCAGGACAAAGUAGAAAAAUUCGAAUAGAAAAUACGAAUAUGGAUGUAGGGAAUGCAAUUAGAAAUAUUAAAGAUUGUGUUAACGGCGUUAAAGAAAAUGUCGAAUGCGUUCUAAUGUUUGGUAUUG